UAACCGCCAGGAAACAGGAAGUCGUCAUCUGAAACCUAGCAGCCGAAAGUUACAAGCUUUCAAGAAGCUAACAGGUUUAAAGAGGGAGGUUUUCCUUUCAGCGCUUGAAGUUAUAAUUCGUCAGUGGUACUUUCGAAGUUUCCACCUUAAUUUAGUUCAUUAAAGACAUGGCAGCGGACUGGUUGGGUAGUUUGGUGUCCAUUAACUGUGGACCAACACUGGGAGUCUAUCAGGGAGAGGUUUCAUCUGUGGACCAGAGCAGUCAAACUAUCUCCUUAAAACAACCUUUUCAUAACGGAGUCAAGUGUCCUGUGCCUGAAGUGACGUUUAGUGCCAUUGACAUAAAGGAGCUGAAGAUUUUAGACAUCAGACAUAGCAAUUCGAAGACCUGCUCAUCUGCAGCUCCAAAAGUAGGCAGUGCUCCAGUUGCAAUCCCAAAGGGUGAUCCUAGAUCUGUAGAGAAACUCAACUCUCCUCAGCACUGUUCUAAAAGCUAUGGUGAGCGUCACUUGGAAGUUCCUGGCCAGCCGAAAGGCUUCCGUCGGAGACACAACUCCUGGUCAUCCAGCAGUCGUGGGAUAAACCAAGUAACACCAAAGAAGAAUGGUGUAAAGAAUGGUCAGAUGAAGCACAGAGAUGAUGAGUGUUUUGGUGAUGGUUUGGAUGAGGAACUAGACACAGACUUUGAUUUUGAGGGCAACUUGGCUCUGUUUGACAAAGCAGCAGUCUUUUCAGAAAUAGACACAUCAGAACGUCGCAACGGUGCUAGGUCACGUGGAACACCACAGGAGCAGGCACCUUCAAGGUACCGACAUGACGAGAACAUUCUAGAGGCCAAACCUGUUGUCUACAGACAGAUUACUGUACCUCAGCCCGGGGCCAAAGAAUAUUGCACAGAUUCUGGACUUGUCGUACCCAGUAUUUCCUAUGACCUACAUAAGCGUCUGUUGUCUGCUGCUGAGCGGUAUGGUCUUUCACUGGAACGCAGACUUGAAAUGACUGGCGUGUGUGCGAGUCAGAUGGCACUUACUCUUCUUGGUGGCCCCAACAGAUUCACGCCGAAAAAUCUACACCAGCGCCCCACUGUGGCUCUACUAUGUGGCCCUCAUGUCCAGGGAGCUCAAGGCAUCAGUUGUGGUCGUCACCUGUCCAAUCACGAAGUGGAGGUCAUCCUUUUUCUACCCAAUUUUGUCAAAAUGCUUGAUGCGGUCACCAAUGAAGUCACACUCUUCACUAAGACUGGAGGCAAACAGGUGUCAAAUAUUAAAGAUCUCCCUGACACCCCAGUGGAUCUGAUCAUCAACUGCCUGGACUGCCAUGAGAACACAUUCCUGAUGGACCAGCCUUGGUACAGAGCAGCAGCAGACUGGGCCAACCUGAACAGAGCACCAGUACUCAGCCUAGACCCUCCUGUUAGUGGGCAGAGUCAGGCAGUUGAGGCUAAGUGGUCUCUCUCUCUUUGCCUCCCACUUCCUCUGGCAGAAGGUGCUGGCAGAGUUUACUUGUGUGACAUAGGUAUUCCUCGCCAGGUUUUCCAGGAAGUGGGCAUUAAAUACCAUUCUCCUUUUGGGUGCAAGUUUGUCAUCCCGCUGCACUCGCCAUGAUGGAACUAUCACUUACCACCAGAGAUUAAGCCUUUACUAAUCCUAACCUUUUGGUUUUUGCCAACAUACAGUAGAACCUUCAUCUGUUCCAGUUCAUCCUUAAAGUCUUUUACUCAAUAACUUGAGAGAAAGAUUUAUUUUUUUCUCUCCAAAGGACCAUUGUUGGAUAUGUUAGGUCUUCAGGGACCAAAAAAAUAAGGAUUACGAUUUCAAAUGCUUACAGAUUCGUUUUCAAUAAAGGAAUUAGAGCAUUCAACAGUUAUUUACAGAUUGUUAGACUUUGUUACAGUAAAACACAAUCCAGUUUGAGUGGGACAAUCUCCAAACUGCUUUGGCAAAGUAUUGAAUUUCAUUCUACUGUCAUUCCAAAGUUUAAAAUGAUAGCAAUCUAAUCAUUUGCGGUAUUGUUGCAAUCAUUUUGGAAAUAGUGGGAAAUGAUUUUGAGUCAUGUCGUUACUUUAGUUACAGCUGUCCUAUGUUUAGCUGUCUUCAUUACACUGCCAUAAUAACAUUAACUUGGGAUUGAAUCAAAAUAAGAGAGGAAAUAAUGGAGAUAUUUUUCAAAUUUUCAAAAGAACCAUACCAGUGUUUUUGAAAGGUUUUAAGUUGAAAGUACAAAUAACCAUCAUCAAGAUCAAGGUUUGUGUCGGGAAGUGCAUCUAUUCUUAAGACCUAUUCUUAAGUGCCAAAACUACCACUACCUCUGGAGUGCCCUGAUAAAGGAACAAAAACAGGUGUCAUUUGUUGUAUGAGAAUAAAUGUACAGAUUUAAAAUUUGCCCUAAGUGAAAGGUGCAGUUAUGUAACACCACUGCUAUGCUAAACACUAUAUAAUUAGUCUAAUUUAGCAGUCUAUUAGUUUACUAAUUGUGGCAGUCAUUAACAUUAUAUAUUGAUUGUUAAUGUCAUAACAUUUUUGCUGUAACAAAGGUUAAUGCAGUCCUGAUCUUGGUUGUACUUCACUGGUGUUUUCCACAUUCCACAAGGUGUUUACCAAUGUGACCGAAUUAUCAAAAUGUAUCACUUUAGGGAUGGCAUACCAGCUCCAAAAUAACUUGUAUUAUUUUGAAUGAAAAAGAUUAUCAGCAUUAUGCAGCAGUAUACUAUAUUAUUUUAAGGAAGUGCACACAAACAUCCCUAUGUCUCUUUAAGGGAACUAAAAAACCCAUUGAAUAGUAGGGUAUCACCAUUGCUCCUGGCGCUGAAGGAUUAGAAAAGACAGAAUUACAUCGACAAACAAAAAUGUUCUUAGAAAAUGAAAGGGCUGAAAAGAACAUUUAACUUUCUGAAAUGUAGUGUACUAACCUGCUGGUUGGAUGUGAUAUCAAAUGUGCUGAAAAUCAUUGGUAUGGUUCUGUUAGGUUUCUAAUCAAAAAGGCUCAUUUGUUGUAACUCUGUCCUUUUUGGUAAAAAGUUAAGUAGGCUAAGGAAACAGCACUUUGUCUAAUGUAUAGAUACUAUGUAUGGGAUAAUAAUACUGACCUUAACUCCACAAGGGGAUGGAAAUGAAAAAUUCCCACACAGAGUACCUUGACAGUCAGGCACUCACUCGCUCUUUUUGAAGAGGCACUUUUGAAAACGGUUUGUGUCUGUAUGUAUUUGACCAUUGCUGGCAUUUACCACAAAGCUAAACAUUUUUUUAUGACGUGUCAACUGAGGGGUCCGAUUUCUCCCAUCAAUAACUUUCAUAGAAUUUGUGCUCUUUAUCACUAAAGCCAGUGUAGUUUAAAAAAGGUAAUUUUAUACAUACAGUUGUUCUGUUAUUUACCAUCUCAGGAGGCUUGUGAACUUGUGCUUGUUGUGUUUUCUCUGUCCAGCACAUGACUGCACAAGGUUUUUGUGAUGAUUCAGUGAAAUUUACUGCCAUUCAAUGCUGUGUCUUUUCUCCAACAUUCCUUCAGCUCGAUGUGUCAUGUCACAUCUGUUGAGACAAGUCUGGAUUGUUAACAUCAUGCAUCGUAAUUGAAUGUGAAAUUAUGAUUGUUUUGUUUGUUUUUGUUUUUUCUUGUGCCACCAGGGGGCCGUGAACCUUCAUGGUUGGGUGGCAGCUCUUCCUUAGUUUGUUGUUACAAUGGCAGCUGUAAGUACAGUGUAUGCUUCGGUCAAUGGUGUGACUUUGACUAACCAAAUGUGAACAGCCUGAAACCAUGUGGUGACCACCAUGAUUUUGAACGGAAGACAGCUGUUUAAUAUGUAAAUGACUCAUUGGCAGAAGGUUGCAUACAUGGGUACAUUUUAAAUUAGGUUUCAGGCUCUCAAGGGGUUCAGUUCACUCAGGCUGGUUUCAGUGCAGAAAAACUGCAUUAAAAUUAGAAUGAAAGUUGUUUUUGUUUUUUUUACCAGAUGGAAUGAGCAUUACAUUUUGUGACCGAAGUUCACUGUUAAAAGUUUCUGUGCAAAAUAUUGGACAGCGCUUUUGUGUCACAUCUGCAAUUAAAAAAUAUGACAAAA